GUUCAACCACCCCGUUCUCGCUUGGCUUGCUGUGCUGAUGCAUCCAUCCGGAAUGGCAAAUCGCAGGGCCUCAUUUCCUUCUCACCUCUUCCGAUCUCGCAAACCGAUGAUAUCUACUCCUGUACUCAUCACAAUACAGAACCCUUCCACUUUGAACACCACGCUGUCAAAUCUCACUUCUGCCAACGCCGAGUUCUGAGUGGCACCAUGGCGGACGAUGAUCUCGACCAACGGCUACAGACGCUGUCUCAACUGUUGGGCAAGCACAUCUCAAUCGUCGAGAUUGCAGAUGACACUCUAGAACAGCGCGAACAUGAACCAUUGACCCAUGAGGAACACGCCCUUCCUGCGGAGCCCUGGGAACCUCAUCCAGAGCCCGUAGCUGACGAUGCUCCGAAGAAGUUUCUGAACCAUGACGCCGGUCCUCGCCCUGAUACGGAGGGCGCCUUCGACUCCGAGCGGUUCAUCAAGGGCAAGCCAAGCAAGGAUGAUAUCGAUCUCUGUCCUUGGAACGUUGUGAUGAACUACCCUAGCUCGUUCAUCGGGAAAACCAACCGACCUCACGUGGAGCCGUACUUUGAGAGAAUCUGUGACGGUCGAGUCUGGGACUUCUUCUAUCUAUAUCACCCAUCCAAACCGGCCGACAAACCCUACCUCUUCGUGCCGACUUCCCAGUUCCAGCUCUUCCUUGAUCAAAUCAACGAAGAACUCAAGAUAUCCCUUUCUAUCCCGGCUGGUGUUAAUGCUGACCGAUUCUUCCUACGAUUCACGAAAGACAUCGCCCAGCCUCGCUAUCUACGUCGCAGUUCUGAGGGCGAAAAUAUCGAUGACGGCUCUGCUUGGCCCGACCCAGAUGAAAAUGACGCGCACUUACUCGAUGUGUCUACACCGGUUCAGCAAGCCGAGUUUGAACGCAAGCUCAGACUAGUCAACGCCCCCAAAGUGAAAGACAGGAACAAGGGCGAGUCUAGGACGGCGGAGAGGAGAGCCGAUCGACAGCACAUGCUCUACACGACGCAGCAGCUGCUCGGACUCAAGCCAGGCAUCCCCAUCGGCUUAAAGGGCGACCAACCAGUGGUGUUUGUUGCCAUCGACGUUGAGGCUCUUGAGCGGCCACCGAACCCGGUGUCGGAGGUUGGCGUUGCGAUUCUCGAUGCGAAGGAUAUCCAAGACGUUCCUCGCGGUAUAUGCGGCCAGAACUGGUGGCCGAUGAUUGUAUCCCACCACUUGCGAACAAAGGAGUACUCUGGCCUUUGUAACUUUGAGUUCAUCAAGGGCUGCCCCGAUGCCUUCGACUUUGGAACCAGCACCUUUCCCACCAUAGAGCAGAUGCCAGCUGCGAUACUCGACAUCAUCCAGCCCUUGAUCGACGCGAGACGCAAGCUCAUUCUUGUAGGUCAUGAUACCCAACAAGACGUUCAGUACCUAGCCUCGAUUGGUCUCGAUAUGCAUGCAAUGAAAUGCGUCGCUCGCAUGCUAGACAGCCAAGCCAUUCAUCAGGCCUGGCGGGAUCGGGACCAGGGCCGCGGUCUGUCCAGUGUCUUGGCUGAGCUGGGUAUUUCCAGCAGGAAUCUCCACAACGCAGGGAACGAUGCGGUUUUCACCCUGAGGGCGUUGAUCGGCGUAGCGAUUGAGCAGAUCAGGGAGGAGUCGGCCACGGCGGAGGGGAGCGAAUACACCCCUGAGCUUUGGGGCACUGAUCUUCCUUGAAGGAGGGCAGGAAUGAGGAGAGGAUUGGGUCAUUGCAUUUGCAUCUUGCUGCGUACCUUGCUACAGAUAUCUCCUUGUCUCUAAACCAGAAUGAACGCCAACGCUGUGGGAACACCACCAUAUUUUACAACCAUUCCGCCCCUAUAUUGUACAAGUCGUGCCAU